CAAAGGGAGCAACCAUCAAAAUCCACAAUAAGCAACAAAACCCUAGAAUUAAGGGACGCGAACUCUCAAUAGGAUAGACGAACAAACCCAAAAAAAUCGCUGGUGAAGACGAAACAGCGAUCGCAGUGCGAGGUCGAUCUCAUCAGAUCUGACGAUGCUCACAAAUUAAGCGACGAUCGAUCAUUCAAUAGAAUCCUCUUGCAUCAAGGAAACAGAUUUUGAAAUGGUGGAGGAAUGUGAAACGGCCGCCAUUGGAGGAGACGUAGAGGAAGGUGAGAUCUCGGACUCAGCCUCUGUUGAAGAGAUCUCUGAGGAGGCUUUCAAUAAGCAGCGAGACCCUUCGGUUCCCACUUCUUCUGCUACUCAUACUUCAACUGUAACCGGGAAGGUGAAUCGGAAUGCCAAUGUUGGGAUUGACCAGAACCAGAAUCCAAAACCUGCUCGUGUUUGGACGAUGAAAGAUCUGUAUAAUAACUAUCCCAUCUCGAGGGAUUACGCCAGGGGUUUGUAUAAUUUAGCUUGGUCUCAGGCUGUUCAAAACAAGCCUUUAGACGAUAUUUUCGUGAUGAAGAAGGCUGAGACGGAUGAUGCUUUGGUUAAGGGGAGUAAGAAUGAUGAGAUUGAUGUCGAAGAUGGUGUUCAGGAAGACGGGGAGUUGGAGGAAGGCGAGAUCGAUUUGGAUGUGGAGGUUGUUGCAAAUGGGGAUUUGAAGGAAGUUACUUCUGCGGAAAAUGCCAUUGUUGGAGUGGGGGAGAAGGUUAAUUUGAUUAGGGAAGGACUUCAGAGUGUUACUGUAGAAGAUGCAGAGAAAGCCUUUGAUGAAGUCUGCUCCAAAUUGCAAAGAUUGUUGGAUAGUUUGCAAGAAAUUGUUUCUGAAAAUUCAUUACCAGAGAAAGAUGCUUUGGUUGAAUUGUUUUUGACUGCCACUCGGACUGCUAUCACUGUGCUGUGCUCUAUGAAACAGAGAGAGAAAGAGAAACACAAAGAUUCCCUAUCCAGAAUCUUGGUUGGUGCAAGUAGCAAAAACCCUCAUCUAUUCUCCACGCAGCAAUUGCAUGAGGUGGGAGAGCUGAUUGUUUCCCUAAAUAUUUCAUCUGUUUCUUCAAGAACUGAAGAUGGGAAUAACACCUCAGAUAUGUCUGUUACAGAUGUCAUUCAGGAUUCGACAAUGAUAAAGAGUCUGGAUUUCGAAUCUGUGUCAUCACAAGUUGUUGAUCAGAAUGAGUCUAACAGGAAGGUUGAAUCUUCCAGACAAGGGGUAGCUUUCACCAAGCUUAGAGGGUUAUCACUUCCUUUAAUAGACCUUCAUAAGGAUUAUGAUCCAGAUAGUCUUCCAUCUCCUACACGAGAAACUCAGCCCCCUCUUCCCUUUGAUAAAGCAUUAUCAGGGAAACAUAUAGUAGAACCUGAGUUCCCUUUCCCAAGAAGAGCUUUUCAGACUAAUCACUCUGUAAUGCAUCCAUACGAAACAGACGCCCUUAAAGCUGUUUCAUCUUAUCAACAAAAAUUUGGCCGUAGUUCAUUUUUCAUGACCGAUAGACUACCAAGUCCAACCCCAUCUGAAGAUGGUGACAAAGAUGAUGCUGACAUUGGCGAAGAAAUUUCCAGUUCGAUUGCCAAAAGCUGCAAUAGUUUGAAUGCAUCUGUUCCUACACAGCUUGUUUCUUCUGUCCCCAACAUAGUGCAUGGAGGGCAAGAAUGUAGCACUGUUAGUAGUACCGCUCCUUCCAUUUGUUCAAUAGCAGCUCCUGUGUCUAGGAGUUCUGCUAAAAUCAAAGAUCCAAGACUUCGGGUAUUAAAUAAUGAUGAACCGGCUAAAAUGUUGAACCAAUGCACUGUACCUAUGUCAAAGAAUGAAAAUAGGCCUGCAGGUUGCGAGGAAAUUACUGGUUCAAGAAAGCAAAGGGCAGAUAAUGAACCCGGUUUUGGUGGUCCAGCAAUGAAAAGGCAAAGAAGUGAGCAGACAGACUCUGUCAUCGUCAGUGAUAUUCCAUCUUAUUCUGGGACAGGUGGUUGGUUUGGGGGCAGAGGGGAUGGGUUUCCAGUUAUUAAUAGUAACCUUGUCUCUAAGUCGAUGAAGGAUGUUAGUAAAUCGCAACAAGAAACGACUGCUGUCACCACUCAUGCCACUGCACCAAGUGUCUCAAUGAAUGCUAUUGAGAAUUUACCGGCAACAACUACAAGUAUUGCAGCUACCUUGCAAUCUCUACUAAAUGAUAUCGCUGUAAAUCCAUCCGUGUGGAUGAAUAGAAUUAAAAUGGAACAACUGAAGUCUAUUGUGCCCUCCAAGAUCACAGCACAACCAGUGAGCUCUUCGAAUUGUAGUACUGGAGGGUUUCUACCAAUGAAUACAGCCCCUCCCAAAUCUUCAGUGACUGACCCUAGGCAGGGAGGAAUACUUCAGGCUCUUCCACAGGUGUCGACUCCAAAGGAUGAUCUUGGGAAAAUCCGCAUGAAACCCCGUGACCCUCGACGCAUUCUUCACGAUCCCUCAAUUCAAAAGGGUGGGAAUGUGUCCUUUUACCAAACCAGUACAAGUGCACCAAACACGCAGGACAUAUCUGGUGGUGGAUUAAGCCUCAAAAGCCAGGACGAGCAGUUGGAUAAGAAGUUGGCAUUUCCCAAUCAUUCAGCACCACCGGAUAUAUCUCAACUUUUUACUAAGAACUUGAAAAAUAUAGCUGACAUUAUCUCAGUUUCUCAACCAUCUAUCUCCUCAUCUUUAGCCUCUCAAACUUCUACAUUGCAACCAACCCGUGUUCAUCAAGGUAAAUUGGAAGGAAAGGGGGUCGUUUUGGAGUCAAGCCAACCCCUAGCAUCAGGAGUGGCUUCUAUAAUCCAUUCUCCUCAGAGCAGUUGGGGAGAUGUUGAGCAUCUCUUUGAAGGGUUUGAUGAACAGCAGAAAGCUGCUAUCCAGAGAGAAAGGGAAAGAAGGAUAGCAGAACAGAAGAAAAUGUUUGCGGAAAGGAAGCUCUCCCUUGUCUUAGAUCUAGAUCACACUUUACUCAAUUCAGCUAAGUUUAUUGAAGUAGACCCAGUACAUGAUGAAAUUUUGAGAAAGAAAGAAGAACAGGAGCGGGAGAAGCCCCAGAGGCAUCUAUUUAGAUUUCCUCAUAUGGCAAUGUGGACUAAGUUACGACCUGGGAUCUGGAAUUUUUUAGAAAAGGCUAGUAAGCUUUUUGAGCUACAUCUUUACACAAUGGGCAACAAACUUUAUGCAACCGAGAUGGCAAAAAUACUUGAUCCAAAAGGUGAUAUGUUUGCUGGAAGGGUUGUAUCCAGAGGUGAUGAUGCAGAUCUAUGUGAUGGUGAUGAAAAGGUUCCUAAGAGCAAGGACCUGGAGGGUGUUUUGGGCAUGGAGUCAUCUGUUGUGAUUAUCGAUGAUUCUGUGAGAGUUUGGCCUCAUAACAAACUAAAUCUGAUUGUUGUGGAAAGGUAUAUUUAUUUCCCUUGCAGUAGACGCCAGUUUGGCCUACCGGGUCCCUCUCUUCUUGAGAUUGAUCACGAUGAGAGGCCUGAAGCUGGGACUUUGGCAUCUUCUUUGGCGGUCAUUGAGAAAAUCCAUCAGAUGUUUUUUGAGCAUCCAACCUUGGACGAAGCCGAUGUUAGGAACAUUUUAGCCACAGAACAACGGAGAAUACUUUCUGGAUGCCGCAUUGUCUUCAGCAGGGUUUUCCCUGUUGGAGAAGCUAACCCUCACUUGCAUCCACUGUGGCAAACCGCUGAACAGUUUGGUGCCGUGUGUACAAAUCAAAUUGAUGAGAAGGUGACCCAUGUAGUCGCCAAUUCUCCUGGUACUGACAAGGUAAACUGGGCUUUUGCUACCGGGCGAUUUGUGGUGCAUCCUGGGUGGGUGGAGGCAUCAGCUUUGCUUUAUCGGAGAGCUAACGAACAUGACUUUGCAAUUAAACCAUAAACAAACCACAAUUUCUUGCACCUGAUAAAAUAUUUUCUCUGAAUCAUAAAACCCUCCCAAGUGUGAAAAUGAUUCGGGGAAAACCGGUCACACCAUCUGCCCCCCUAACCUAGCCGCUCUCCAAAGGUUAGAAUGAGUUGGAGAAAACCGAUCACGCCAUCUACUAUUAACUCGUUCCGUACAUGCUGGAUGGCUGGCCAAUCCUCAGCUCGAAAAGAACUGAACGAACCCUCCGAUCAAAUUCCUCUUGCAAGUAUUUUUCACCAAGGGAAAAUUGGAGGUGGGAGAGAGAGAGCCGUGGGGUGGGGGUGGGUCCGGUGGGGUGGGGUGUCUGCAACAGUGCUCUCCCAGCGCGCAAUAGGAAAACAUCUAGGGCAAUACUAGGGGAACUCUACUUGUGACACCAUUUUUGACACCAAAGACAAACAAUAGACCCUCACAGCAUUUCCGUUUAGACCCCUAACUGAAUUGGGUCAGAUUUUACAAAAGCAUUCUUCUUGCAAUGGCAAAUUGGCCUUUGCUCUCAAACUGAGGGAAUUCAUUUGUCGUUAUAAGUUGAAAAAAUGACCCCAUUUCUGAGUGUUGUGGGAGGGAGCCUUGCACAAGUCCAAUUGGUUAAUUGAGAGGGGUAAAUACUUAGUAUAAAAUAUGGCCAAUCCUUGUGGUAAAAUUCACACGAAGGGUAUUCCUGUAACUUUCUUUUU